AUUUGUAAGCAUUCUUUCUUUACCUGGGCAAGCAUGUGUGAAUUAUGAAAAGUACUGUUAGUUGAAUAACUCGCCUUAAAAUUGAACUCUGUCAAUACGAACCCGCUUAAGUCACAUACCUAAGUGUGAAAUGGACAGAGACAAUUCACAAGGUGAAAUCACAAGAGAAGAUUUGCCUUUAAAAUCUAAUAAGCCAACUUCUGCCUGUGAAGAAUACAUAGGUGGUUCCAAAUUCAUUAACAUUUCAUUUGGAACAUUAACUGUUAUAAUAACCAUUGCUUUAGUUUUACAAAUUUAUUAUGGAGACUAUCAGGUAGUACCCCAUGGAAGUGUCGCAACAGACAAUCUUGAAUGUUCUGAGAUUGGUACAGCUAUUUUAAAAAAAGGUGGAAAUGCUGUAGAUGCUGCCAUAGCAAGCACAUUUUGUCUUUCUGUUUUCGCACCCCAUGUUACAGGAUUAGAUGCGGAUGGACAGCUUUUAUUGUACAAUCAUAGGACAAGAAAUCCUGCGAUAUUGGUGGAUUUUAGUAAUUUAAAUGUAUCCACUGACUUGCCCAGAUUAGUGUUAGGGUUGGCUUAUUGUCAAAAAAAAUACGGAUCAUUACCAUGGAAGGAUUUGGUCGAACCAUCGAUUCGAUAUGCAAGAGAUGGCUUUUUGGUUUCUAAAGUUCUAGUUCAAGCCAUACAACUCAAAAAAGCUGAAGAAUUAUUCGGACAUUUAGAAGCUAGCCAGUUAAUUAAAGUCAAGAAGUUACCGGAAACAUUACAAAAUAUAGCCGAUAUUUCUGAGAGUCAGUUAUAUUCCUAUAUAAAACCAGAUAAUAGUCCAGUAGAAUCCGAAGCUUACAAGUUUAAUUUUAACAAUUACAAUAUAUUUGUACCAAACGUACCAUCUAUCGGGCCACAAUUGGCACUUGUGAUGCAGCAAAUUGAGAAAUUUAAAUUCUCAUUGGAAGAUACAAAGAAAGCAAGAUUUUUUUAUAAAAUGGCAGAAACAAUGCAGAUUGUGUACAGAGAUUUUCAGAUAGGACUCACAUUCCACGAAGGGGUAUCAGCUAAUGUUGUUGCAGUGGACAAAGAUGAUAAUUACGUAUCUUUGAUAUCAGGUUUGACUUUUCUUUUUGGAAGUGGAGAAAUGACAUCAUCAGGUUAUAUUAUGAAUGCAAAAAUGGAAAAUAGAAGAUGUAGUAGGCUACCGGUACUCUUGACCGAUACACAUCAUAUAUGCGGUAGAAGAAUAAUAUUCGGUGCUAAUAAUAUCGCUCUGGCUGCUCAAGUUAUUUCAACUCUUCUAUUAGGGGAUAUGAAUGUUACCGAGAGCAUUGAAAGUCCCAGAUUCCAUGUGGCACCAAUUGGUACCAUUGGCAUUGAACGUUUUCAUUACCCUUCUUUCGAUAAAGAAAUAGCUCAAUAUUUGCAAUCUCUCAGUUCCAUACCAAACCCUGUGUACGAACCAUACGACAGUAUUAACGUUGUUGAAAAAACUGGCGACUCCUUGAGCUCCCACUCCGAUAGUCGUGGCGGUGGUAUAGCUAGCAGAUUCUGAGGAUUCCUGUAACAGUUUUCUCGAAAAAUACCAAAAAGUAUGAAGGUUAACAUGUACUUAAGUUUUCAGAUACCAAGAACACUUGCUCCCACUACGAGGUUCUUAAAGCUAAUAACAAGACUAAAUAAAUUGAAUAGUAACAACAAACGGACUCAGUUUCCAGGGUAUUUCAACAUUUCAUUAAAGUCUUCUUUCUGUGAUAUUAUCAUUGUUGAUAUUCUGUACGUUAUUCAAUAUUAAUUUUUACUUUAUUUAUUGUUUUGUAUUUAACUAGAUUUUUAAUAUGUAUAAAUAAACUCAUAUUAUGAUAUUAUAUAUUUACCUCUGAUGGGUUAGUAAAUAAAAAAAAUGUAGAGUA